GGGGCCGCCUGCCCGUCAGCCCCGCGGCCAGCCAAUCCCACCGCGCAGGGGGCGGGCCUCUUGGGCCUCGCUCAACCCCCGGCGCUCCCCUCUCCGCCGGGACCCCGCCUUUCUCCGCGCACACCUCCCGCCCUUCGGGCUGCCCUCGCCGCCCGUUGGCGGGCGCGCCGCUCGUCACCGCGGCGUGAGCUAAUGCCGGCGCGCGGCGGCCCCGGCGGGGCGGGGCCAGGGGCGGUGACGCACGGCGCGGUGACGCAGCGCGACGGCGGCGGCGGCGGCGGCGGCGGUGGUCGGUGCGGGAGGAGGGAGGGGAGCUCGCGGGCCGGAGAGGGGGCGACGGCGGCGGCGGGGGCCCGACGAGGCCCGAACGGCGGCAGCGGCGGCUGAGGCCGAGGCGGAGCCUGGAGAGGUGUGGCUGGACCAAGACCUCCCCCGAUGUGAGCAGGUUUCCUCCUCCCCCUACCACCCGUUGCCACCACGCCAGGGAACGUCCUCAAGCCCUGGCCCUCAGGGGAGAGGUAACAGGAGCUCUGAGCCGAGACCAUGUGACGGCGCUGGCCCUCGCCACCGCCGUCCCCCCCACCCUGGCCCCAGGCCCGGCACCAUGAUGUUCCGCGACCAGGUGGGCAUCCUCGCUGGCUGGUUCAAGGGCUGGAAUGAGUGUGAGCAGACGGUGGCCCUGCUGUCACUUCUGAAGCGGGUCACUCGCACCCAGGCCCGGUUCCUGCAGCUCUGCCUGGAGCACUCGCUGGCGGACUGCAAUGACAUCCACCUGCUAGAGUCGGAGGCCAACAGUGCUGCCAUCGUCAGCCAGUGGCAGCAGGAGUCCAAAGAGAAGGUGGUAUCCCUCCUGCUGUCCCACCUGCCCCUGCUUCAGCCAGGCAACACGGAGGCCAAGUCGGAGUACAUGAGACUGCUGCAGAAGGUGCUGGCCUACUCGAUCGAGAGCAAUGCCUUCAUCGAGGAGAGCCGCCAGCUGCUCUCUUACGCCCUCAUCCACCCGGCCACCACACUGGAGGACCGCAAUGCACUGGCCCUCUGGCUGAGCCACCUGGAAGAGCGGCUGGCCAGCGGCUUCCGCACCCGGCCUGAGCCUACCUACCACUCACGCCAAGGCUCAGAUGAAUGGGGGGGCCCUGCAGAGCUGGGCCCUGGGGAGGCAGGGCCAGGCUGGCAGGACAAGCCACCCCGGGAAAAUGGACACGUGCCCUUCCACCCAUCCAGCUCAGUGCCGCCAGCCAUCAACAGUAUUGGGAGCAAUGCGAACACAGGUCUCCCCUGCCAAAUUCACCCCAGCCCGCUGAAGCGCUCCAUGUCUCUCAUCCCCACGAGCCCCCAGGCCCCUGGUGAGUGGCCGAGUCCGGAGGAGCUCGGGGCCCGGGCUGCUUUCACCGCGCCCGACCACGCACCCCUCUCACCCCAGAGCAGCGUGGCCUCCUCUGGCAGUGAGCAGACGGAGGAGCAGGGCUCCAGCCGGAACACCUUCCAGGAGGACGGCAGUGGCAUGAAAGAUGUACCCUCAUGGCUCAAGAGCCUCCGCUUGCACAAGUACGCAGCCCUCUUCUCACAGAUGAGCUACGAGGAGAUGAUGACACUGACUGAGCAGCACCUGGAGUCUCAGAAUGUCACCAAAGGUGCCCGCCACAAGAUAGCCCUCAGCAUCCAGAAGCUACGUGAGAGGCAGAGCGUCCUCAAGUCCCUGGAGAAGGAUGUGCUGGAAGGAGGGAAUCUGCGAAACGCUCUGCAGGAGCUGCAGCAGAUAAUUAUCACCCCCAUCAAGGCCUACAGCGUCCUCCAAGCCACCGUGGCUGCUGCCGCUGCCGCCACCCCUACUGCCAAGGAUGGGAGCCGGGGGGAGCCACCACUGCCAGGUGCUGAGCCUCCCCUGGCUCACCCCGGCACAGACAAGGGCACUGAGGCCAAGGACCCUCCAGCUGCAGAGAGCUACCCCCCUCCACCAGCUCCAGCUCCCACUGAUGGCAGUGAGCCAGCCCCGGCUCCCGUCGCCGACGGAGACAUCCCCAGCCAGUUUACACGGGUGAUGGGCAAAGUGUGCACCCAGCUGCUGGUGUCCCGACCAGACGAGGAGAACAUCACCAGUUACCUCCAGCUCAUUGAAAAGUGCCUGACUCAUGAGGCGUUCACGGAGACGCAGAAGAAACGGCUGCUGUCCUGGAAACAGCAAGUGCUGAAGCUCCUGCGGACCUUCCCGCGCAAAGCCGCACUAGAGAUGCAGAGCUACCGGCAGCAGAAAGGUUGGGCGUUCGGCUCCAACUCGCUUCCCAUAGCUGGCUCUGUGGGGAUGGGGGUAGCCCGGCGGACCCAGCGGCAGUUCCCCAUGCCUCCCCGGGCCCUCCCGCCCGGCAGGAUGGGCCUUCUGAGCCCUUCGGGCAUUGGGGGCAUCUCCCCGCGACAUGCCCUCACUAGCCCCAGUCUUGGGGGCCAGGGCCGACAGAACCUGUGGUUUGCCAACCCCGGAGGCAGCAACAGCAUGCCCAGCCAGAGCCGCAGCUCUGUGCAGCGCACCCACUCCCUUCCGGUCCAUUCGUCGCCCCAGGCCAUUCUCAUGUUCCCUCCAGACUGCCCGGUCCCUGGGCCUGACCUGGAGAUCAAUCCCACUCUGGAGUCUCUAUGUCUGAGCAUGACAGAACACGCCUUGGGUGGUUCAUGGUUCUCCAGUUGGGCCUUCCGUGCUUCCUGGAAGCAGCACGGUUGAGGGGAAGGAGGGUGUUCUGUCAGGCCUCUGCGUCUCUCCCUACCCACCACCACUGUCUACGGGUGCCCUGGGCCAGUGAUGUUUGUUACCUGGGCUUCUAAUUCCUUCUCGUUCAUGUCCCGGUGCUUGACCACAAGCAGGGCAUUGGUACCCGACUGAACCCCAGCCUUUGCCCGGCGUUUACUCAGGCGGACCCUGCAGCGGGCACGGUGGUGGAGAGGUGUGUGUAGAAAAUGCAUCUGAAGACCCCACUCUGGUA